AUGUCUGCACCAGUCUAUAGAUUUCCUCCACCUAAAUACAAUGCCAUUGUAUUUUUUAUCCCUUUGGCAAAUAAAGUGCUUGACUCUGAACAUGAGUUUUUAUCAGGCCUUGGGAUAUCUCAACUGUCAUUGUCGCCAAUGUUUUGCCCUGACUGGGCCUCUCUUGACUCAACACAUUGUUCGUCUCUUCUGUACGUCCCUCCAGAAGUACCCAAGGAGCUGAAAGCAGAAACACUUUCAGAUACAACCCCUUCAAAAGUGGUUUGGUUAUCAUUUGUUUGUGGGUUUUUAAUUGUCGACAUUUUUGUGUCCUACUCAAAACAAAAGAUGAACACAAACACUUCUGCAACUCGUAUUUCUGGAAGCGACAGUGACAUUAGUGCAACUGAUUAUAUAGAUAUUGCACAAGAUUUUGUUGCCCUUGCUCCUUCCCUCCAGGAAAGAAACCAAUCGCUGUUUAACAGUGCUGAUCAAGCCUCUUUGGACGAAGUCCAUGGUCGAGAAAUGGAAAGAAACCAAGAUGUGAUUACCAGUACUGACAUGGCUUUUUUGAAUGCAGUCCACGAUCAAGACAUUGGUAGAGCCGAAGAAAAUGAUUUUGAAGCAUUCAUGGCUCUGAGAAGUGUGCACAGUAUUAGUAAUUCAGUAGAUGUCAAAUUCAACAAUGAUUAUACUGAAACCAACGAAGCUGAAUACAAUGAUAGUGAUAAUAGCAAUGACUAUUCGUAUGAAUCUGUUCAUGGAUAUUUGCAUAUUCGCAACCCAGUAAAUAUAAAUACUCUUCCAAUCAAGUCUGAUUUUGUUACCAAGAACGUGAACCAAGAGUCCUAUGUCCCUUUUUAUGAGUCUAAUACAUACGCAGAGGCUGCUACCCUAGAGUUAUUCUCUAUGUUUGUUGAGAAUAACGUAUCUUGCAAUGUUUUUGACAAGUGUAUUAAGAUUCUUACCAUCAUUUUAGCUGCAACAAAUGUACUUCUGUCGUAUUACAAGAUGGACAAGAUAUUAAAGGAUGAAUACACUGUUCAUACAGCCACUUAUGACAUAUGCAUGAAAGGUUGCAUCCGUUUCUGUGAUGUAAAAGCCAGUAAUCUGAUAGACGAGAAAGAACAGUGUUCUCACUGUGGUAGCCAAUGGUUCAGACGUGAGAGAGAUACUCUGGUCCCUGUGCAGACUUUCAAGGUUGUGCAUCUCUCGCAAUAA